CGGCAGGGGGCGGGGCCAGCAGCGGCCGUUAGCCGAGGCCAGUCCUGUCUCUUCCCUCUCCCCACCCCCACGAAUAGGAGCCAGGACCUGGUCUGGUUCGUUCCUCCGACCCCUAGUAGCGGGGACCUGUCCUGGUUUGUCUCUUCCCCCACCCUUUGGAGCCGAGGCCUGCCCUAUCCUGUCCCUUGCUCCACCUCCGGAGCCGGGGCCUAUCGUUUCCCUUCUUCCGUCUUGUCCCUCCCCCACCCCCUGGAGCCGGAGCCGGAGCCGGGGCCUGUCCUGUCCGUCCGUUAGCCGGGGUCUGUCGCACUGUCAGAAGAUUGUCAUUGAGCUUGAUUACAGCAAUAUUGGCAAUACACACCAAUAAUAUCGGUAGGAGAAACAAUUGCUGUUGGAAUAUUGAUAACCAAGAAAUUACCGAACGUGAAAUUGACGGCACAAGUACUUGGGCAUUCUGCAACAUCCACAUCCCCUGCCUAGAUUUCUUUAGGACCUAUUAACAUAGGUUUGGAUUUAUCAAACGCAGCAAAAUAGUUUGUGACAAUGAGUGAAUUCUGGUUAUGUUUUAACUGCUGUAUUGCAGAACAACCUCAGCCAAAAAGACGGAGGCGGAUAGACAGGAGUAUGAUAGGAGAGCCGACAAAUUUUGUUCACACAUCACACAUGGGGGCCGGAGAUAUGUUCGGGGAUCGAAUGAGCUCUAUGAUUGAUGUACAUGGCCAAAUGCAGUCUAAGGGUGGCUACAGUGACACAGUGCCAAUUAGUAUUCAAACAAUGCAACUUAUUGAUACAGCAGCAUCAUAGUGUUAUUCGUCUAACUGUUGCAUAACUCAGGUAAAUCCAUUUAUUCCUCUGUCUUCCUUUAAAGUAUUCAUCUGAAUCAUUGCCUUUCCCUGUCAACUAAGCCAAGAUGAAGUUUGUGCUUUGAGUGUUAAAGAACUCUGCAUCGUGUUAAAAGUGAUCACAUUCCUUUGAAGGGAACCUGUUGCUCCUGAUACCAGCUUAUAUCUACAAAGAAACAGCCCCUUGUAUUUCUUGAACUGAGCUGUAUGUCUUUUUUUGUAAGAUUGCCUGAAUCAAUAAAAUUGAAGGUGUUUUUGGC